CGAGGCUUCGCCUCGGCGAACCCCGCGACAUCGUACGUACGUACGUACGUGCGUGCGUGCGUGCGUGCGUGCCUGAGUGCGUGCGUAUGUACGACCGCCACAACGCACAAUGCACAGCCAGCAGCAGUCGCGCUGUCUACGACUAAUCGGUAACGCGACGUUCGCCAAUACCGUGUUGCUCCAUCGCGCCGUCGUUGCUGAUGCCGCUGCUCUGUAGGACGACGACGCCGCUCCUAAGCGAGCCAAUUAGCAUAAUAACGCGAGAGGAUGCCCACGCCGUGUGAUCGAUUCAAAACAAACUGCCCCUGCUGCUUCUUCUCAAAAACGCUGCUGCCUACGCACCAUGAUGACGCCUACGGGACAACUGCUCCUCACCUACCUCGCCUCUGUACGCGCGCCCACUGCUGCCACCUGGAAAAAUGGUGGAUGACGAGCAGUUCGGGAAGCGACACGCCGUUGGGAACGUGCCCCAAGCUCGAGUGACUUCCUUCUGGGAGUGACUGGUUCGUGCGAGCUGAUGCAACGGAGGACGCGAAUUGACACGCAGUGCCGGUUUCGUGAGCGACGCGGUGAACGCAUCGGUGAGUAGAGCGACAAGAUAUCCUCACCGUUCGCUUGCCGUUUACCCUAGUGUCAAUACCGUUAAUAUUCGCCUGCUUCUCGUACACUUGGUUCUACCACCGUCGAAUUUCCCGAGAUCUCGAGAAACAUCGUCGACAUGGAGGAGAGAAUAUUGCAGAUGCUCGAGGACGUCGGGUACACAGGACCAUUGCUUGAUGCUGAGAAACUGUCACAAGCUUUGAAACUUGGCGCAAAGUCGACGGAUUUUACUAGUCUUGUAGCUUGGUUCGCUGAGCAGCUGAGAACAUUUAUCGACAUAGAUGAGACUGUUAAUGCUACAGCAAGUGCUGAAGAUGCCAGUUCCUUUCUCUUAGAGUUAAGUUUCUUCCUCAAGGAAGUAGGAUGCAUAAAUGAGAAACUAAUGACUGGACAUGUGAAUCAAAGAUUAGCAAACGAGUCUGAAAGAGCUGUUCUGAUAGAAUUUUUAGUAACUGAACUUAUGGCUAAUAAACUGUUAGAGAUAAAAUAUCCUAAAGAGGAGAAGCAGCUGGAAGUCACUAUUAAUGAAAGCGAUACAGCAAGAAACUUGAAAAAUAUGUUGGUGAUGCUGAAGUUCCAGAAGCCACCAGAUAAUAUUUCAGCUGACCAACUGUUCUCAAGAUUGGAGGCUAAAUUAUCAGAAUUAUUGAUGACUGUGCCACCUGAGUUUCUAGGUAAACCCCUCAUCGACGUCGAGCUCUCUACAAAACAGUGGGAGAAGCUAGCUGAUUUACAGGAAGAAAUGCGCAAGGAGUACACGAUUCGCCGUGAUAUGUUGCUCAAGCGUCUUGAUGUCACGGUUCAAUCGUUUUUGUGGUCAGACAGGAUAAAGCCGCAGGAGGCUGAAGUGAAUUCCAGGUACGAGGAAAAACGGAAGACCAUGACGAAUGAGCCAAAUGUGAUAAUGGCCGACCUGCUAGCAGCGAGAGACGACUUGGCGGUGAUCGAGAAAAUGAGUAACGCGAGCGUCCGCAAGAACACGCGAAGCAAAAUCAACAGCGUGAUCAUCGGAGCCGUACCGGACAGAGGUGGGAGACCGUACGAGCAAGAGCCACCUCCGCCAGAGAUGCCUCCGUGGCAAAAGGACAGGGUUCCUGGACCGCCAUCGUUCCGGGGAGGAAGAGGAGCAGGAGGCGGCGGUAGAGGAGGAGGUGGAGGUGGUGGCGGUGGCGGCAGAGGAGGAGGUGGAGGCGGUGGUGGCAGAGGAGGAGGCGGAGGCGGAGGCGGGGGUGGCUAUCGCGAUCAUAAAGACGCUACCAACAAUUUCGGACAGAAUAUGGAUUAUCAGCAAUCUCAGUACUCGGGACACGGUCACAGAGAGUGUUAUCCGGAUCACAGAAAUGAUGGAGGAUAUCAGCGGAGUGGCGGCGGCGGCGGUGGCAGAGGAGGCGGAGGCUAUUACGGAGAUUCCGGUAGUCAAAAUUACGGUCAGAAUUAUAAUCAGAAUUAUGAUUAUCAGCAACCACAUUACUCCGGUCAAAGGAGCUCUUAUGGGAACGACAAUCGUGGUGGCGGAAAUUAUUAUAAUGAAAGAAGAGAAGGAGGAGGAGGAGGAGGAGGAGGAGGCGGCAGAGUUCAAGGCGGCUGGAAUGCUAACAAUUCUGGCUCAAACUAUCAGCGUGGCGGCUAUAAUAGAGGCAGAGGCCGAGGACAGUACUGAAAAUGUCACUAUACUUCGUAUGAUAAUACGGAUGCUUAUCGCGCCGAGAACUAUCACGAUAAUAUCAAUAAUAGCUAUUAUAUUUACGCUUACGUAUUUACGCUACACAUAACGCGAGGACUAACUCAGGUCUUAAAUAUCCCAGUUUGAAUGUAUCUCUAAGUAUAAUCUAAGAGAUAAUGAUGUCGAAAUGUUUGUGUCAAAUUGUCAUAGUAUUGCAUUAAGAUAGUCAAUAUGUUAUUUAUAUUCGAUUUCGUACGCAGAGUCUCAUUUGUAAUGGCAACUUUCGAUUUCCUCGUUUAAUCGAACCUUACGUUUGUGUACAUGUAUAUAAUCAUUCUCUUUUUACAUGAACUAAAUUUAAAAGAGAUACGGUAUGUAAAUAUGUACUUGCUCACCCGCUGAGAGCGGAUUAGAUGAUUGAAAUUUAUUUAUAACACGAGGAGUCAAGACUGUAAAUCAAGAAUAUUGUGCAUUAUAUAUGUCGAAGAUUAAGUACUAAAUGAGUAAUAUAAUAUGCUUAUAUAUGCUUAUGAGUUGAUUAUUAUUUAAAAUAAGUAUACCUUUUAUCUGAUUCCAUAAAAUGUUGGUUUAGCUUUUAAUAUGGGCACCCAUAGAUUGAAGUAUGAUUCCAUAUUUUAGAAUUUUCGAGUAUAAAAAUAUAUAGGAAUUUAUAAUUUUAAAAGAUAUUAAUGCAUGGUAACAACUUUAAUUUCCGAUAUCUUGUACUGAGUUGUUUUAAAAUGUUUGUAUAAGAGUUCUUGUAAUAGUAAUAGUGUAAGACUGUGUUCGGAAAUUACUUAAUUUUAAGGCAAUUUUCGAAAGCCUACUUUCUUUCUCUUGUCUGUUUAUCAAAGAUAGUUUCUGGAAUUUGUUCCUAAUUUAUGAAAAAAGUUUUUAUCAAGCUAGUAUUCUACCGUUGUAAUUAUAUAGCUUAGAGUCUUCAUCUCCGAUUUGGCUGAAACUCAACUCAUACUGUAUAUUUUCACGUAUAGAAACUAAAUAUGAAAGUUAAAAUCGUUGUUCUGUCCCGCAAAGCGAGAUAUUAAUCGUUAAAAUUAUGAAACCUGUCAUAGCGAUGAAAUAUAACGACAUCACAUACUAUGUAAAAGUGCGCGCAUUUAAAACGUAUGUGUGCUUAUGGGGAGGUUCUCAUCUAGCGACCCAAAAAUCGUACGAUUUUCUCGAAUUUUUUUUUCAUGGAAGGAUGUAAAUAAAGAAGUCAAUUUUUUUAUA